GAUUGCACUUGUUCGACUCCCUUGAGAACGUGUCGUCGAUGUUUCUUGUGCUGCCAUCCUUCCUCUCGUCCGCCAAAUUCUGACCCCGGCAUCCUGGCCCGCAGCGUCUGCGCUUUCCCGCAGCUACCGUAGCUUGUCGUCAAAAUUCCAAACCUGCUGUCGAAUGAGAUUCCAGGCAUUCACUUGCUAUAAACGAGAACGACUUCGAUCAACAGGCAGAGUCGCCAGCAACCUCUUCUUCCCCCUCCGCCACUCGCCGACGCUCCAAGAUGUACGGCAGCGGCUCCCAAACUGGCGUCUCUACACCGCGCUCGCAAGCCGUAUCACGACCGCUCACGCUCAGCCACGGCUCCCUCGAGUACACCUUCUUAAUACCCACAGCUCUCCACUUCAACGCGACACAGCUCAAGGACCAGUUCCUCUCGACGUUACCCGAGGCCACUGAGGAGCUCGCGCAAGAUGACGAGCCUUCUUCCACAACGGAGCUUGUAGCUCGAUACAUUGGUUUUGUUGCAAAGGAGGUCGAUGAGGGCGAUGAUCCAGAGCUCUUUACUGAGGUUCUGAAGCUUGUUCUGACGGAGUUCGAGCGCACCUUCCUCCGCGGCAAUGAGGUGCACGCUAUCGCAUCACAUUUGCCUGGUAUCUACGAGAAGAAGCUCGUUACCGUCCAGGCAUACUACGCUGCACGCGCUGCCAUCAAGCGGCCGAUCAGAUCCCACGAGUCUGCGCUUCUGAGAGAAGCCGCAGACGAGAAUGCGUAUGUAUACGCUGUGUUCGGAGGCCAGGGCAACAUCGAGGAGUACUUUGAUGAGCUUCGCGAGAUCUACAAUACCUACCCAUCCCUGGUACGGGACUUCCUCAAUGUGGCGGCACAGCACCUGCAAUUCAUGUCCCGAGACGAGCGAGCGUUCAAGAGCUAUGCAAAAGGCCUGGAUAUCAUGCGAUGGCUCGACAACAAGGACUCUCAGCCAGACACCGACUACCUCGUCUCUGCGCCUGUCAGUUUUCCAUUGAUCGGGCUUACACAGCUCGCGCACUACGUCGUCACCUGUCGGGUACUCGGCACUCACCCCGGCCACGUCCGAGAUCGAUUCGCAGGUGCCAGCGGUCACUCGCAGGGCGUUGUUACCGCGGCGGCCAUUGCAGCCUCGUCCAACUGGGAGACAUUUGACAAGCAGGCUAGGAACGCUCUCACGAUCCUCUUCUGGAUCGGCGCCCGCAGUCAGCAAGCCUACCCACGAACUUCCCUUGCACCUAAUGUGCUGCAGGACUCGAUUGACGCCGGCGAAGGUUCGCCCACUCCUAUGUUGACGGUGCGAGAUCUCUCGCGUGAGACCAUUGAGAAGCUCAUCAAACAGACCAAUGAGCACUUGCCAGAAGACAGGCAUAUCGGCAUAUCGUUAGUGAAUAGUGCUCGCAAUUUCGUUGUGACGGGCCCUCCAAUGUCACUUUAUGGCCUUAAUCUGCAACUACGUAAGAUCAAAGCACCUACUGGACUCGACCAAGCACGCAUACCCUUCACCGAGCGCAAAGUACGCUUCGUCAACCGCUUCUUGCCGAUCACUGCGCCGUUCCACAGUCCCUAUCUUGCAGGAGCCAUGAAGCACCUUGAGAGCGAUCUUGCUGAGAUCAAGAUUGAAGCCUCUGAGCUCGGAAUUCCAGUAUUUAAUACUUAUACCGGUGGCGACCUAAGAGAGGAGGAGGAGGGACAAAGCAUUACACUCGCGUUGGUCAAGAUGAUUUGCCAAGAUCAAGUGCUCUGGGAGAAGGCCACGGUCAUGCCCAAUGCUACUCAUAUCCUCGACUUCGGUCCUGGCGGGAUCUCUGGUCUUGGGGUCCUCACGAACCGCAACAAGGAUGGAACUGGUGUCCGGGUUAUUCUCGCAGGCACUAUGGAUGGCACGAAUCCAGAAGUUGGCUACAAACCCGAGAUCUUUGAUCGUGAUGCCGAGCAUGCUGUCAAAUACGCUGUGGACUGGGUGAAGGAGUUUGGACCGAAGCUGGUUAAGACUUCCGCAGGACAGACAUUUGUCGACACGAAGAUGAGUCGCAUGCUGGGACUGCCGCCGGUCAUGGUUGCCGGCAUGACACCUUGCACUGUGCCCACCGACUUUGUGGCCGCAACAAUGCGGGCUGGCUACGAGAUUGAGCUUGCUGGUGGAGGAUAUUACAACGACAAGAGCAUGACCGAGGCCAUCGCCAGGAUUGAGAAGGAGAUUCCUGCUGGACGUGGUAUUACGAUCAACUUGAUUUACAUCAACCCACGCGCCAUGGGCUGGCAAAUUCCAAUGAUCGGGAGGCUGCGGGCUGAGGGUGUACCCAUCGAGGGCUUAACCAUUGGUGCUGGCGUUCCCUCCGUGGAAGUCGCCAAUGAGUACAUCGAGACUCUCGGAAUCAAGCACAUCAGCUUCAAGCCAGGGUCGUCUGAGGCUAUCCAGGCUGUCAUCAACAUUGCAAAGGCCAACCCAGGUUUCCCAGUGAUGAUGCAGUGGACUGGCGGCCGUGGCGGUGGCCAUCACUCUUUCGAGGACUUCCAUCAGCCGAUUCUCUCCAUGUACACCAGAAUCAGACGCUGCCAGAACCUUGUGCUUAUCGCUGGCUCUGGCUUCGGUGGUGCUGAGGACACAUACCCCUACCUCACCGGUCAGUGGGCCAAGAAAUUCGGCUACCCUCCAAUGCCAUUUGAUGGUGUCCUCUUCGGCAGUCGUGUCAUGGUAGCGAAGGAAGCGCACACUUCACCUGCGGCCAAACAGGCUAUUGUGGAUGCCCCUGGUCUCGAGGAUCACGAAUGGGAGAAGACCUACAAGGGUACCGCUGGAGGCGUCAUCACGGUGCGUUCGGAGAUGGGCGAGCCUAUUCACAAACUCGCCACGCGCGGUGUCCUGUUCUGGGCAGAAAUGGACCAGAAGAUCUUCUCUCUUGACAAGGCCAAGCGCAUUCCGGAACUGAAGAAGCAUCGCGACUACAUCAUCCAGAAGCUCAACGAUGAUUUCCAGAAACCAUGGUUCGGUCGCAACAAGGCUGGCGACUGCGUUGAUCUUGAGGACAUGACCUACGGUGAAGUCCUGCGUCGCAUGGUGGACCUGAUGUACAUCAAGCACCAGAAACGCUGGAUUGACAAGUCCCUCACGCGUCUCACUGGUGACUUCAUUCGUCGCAUCGAGGAGCGUUUCGCCAACACCAAUGGCUCAGGAUCGAUCAUUCAGAACUAUACCGAACUUGACGAUCCAUUUGGCACUGUCAACAAGGUGCUCGAGAGCUAUCCUGAGGCUGACGUCCAGCUCAUCAAUGCGCAAGAUGUACAGCACUUCCUACUCCUCUGCCAGCGGCGCGGACAGAAGCCCGUUCCUUUCGUUCCGUGCUUGGACGAGACAUUUGAGUUCUUCUUCAAGAAGGACUCCUUGUGGCAGUCAGAGGACCUUGAGGCUGUUGUUGACCAAGAUGUCGGUCGUGUUGCCAUCCUCCAGGGACCGAUGGCUGUGAAGUAUUCCACGAUCGUAGAUGAGCCUAUCAAGGACAUCUUAGAUGGCGUUCAUGAGGGCCACAUCAAGUUCUUGACGCGUGAUCUCUAUGGUGGUGAUGUUAAGAAGAUCCCACAAAUUGAGUACUUUGGCGGCAAACUCAUCGAAGCCAGUGCCGAGCUCAGCAAUCAUGAAGGCCUCACAGUCAAUGAGACAGAGCACAAGAUCCUGUACCGACUUUCGGUCGUUUCGGGCACCACUUUGCCGCCUGUUGAGAACUGGAUUCAGCUGUUGGCUGGUCGCGCACAUACAUGGCGUCACGCCUUCUUCACUGCCGACGUCUUCGUUCAGGGCCAAAGAUACCAAACUAACCCCACACAGCGCAUCUUCGCGCCGACUCCUGGCAUGGUGGUCGAGAUUCAGCACCCGAACGACCCUAUGAGGACUACCAUCACUGUCAAGGAGCCAUCGCAUGGCAACGAGUAUGUGCACACCAUCCAUGUUGCCCGAGACGCCAAUGGGGAGAUCACGGUCAACAUGAUCGAGGGACGCACUGCCACAGGCAGGCCCGUCGCUCUACCACUCCGCUUCACAUACCACCCGGAAACUGGUUACGCGCCGAUCAGAGAAGUCAUGGAUCAUCGUAACGAUCGCAUCAAGGAGUUCUAUUACAAGAUUUGGUUUGGAGACGAAGAGUGCCCCUUUGACGUGGAUGUCACCUCUCGGUUCGAUGGAGGUCGCGCCACCGUUACGAGCGAGGCGAUCAACGACUUUGUGCACGCUGUUGGCAACACCGGCGAGGCGUUCGUGGAGCGUCCCGGUAAAGAAGUCUUCGCGCCUAUGGACUUUGCUAUUGUUGUUGGCUGGAAAGCUAUCACGAAGCCGAUCUUCCCGCGGACGAUUGAUGGUGAUUUGCUCAAGCUGGUGCACUUGUCCAACGGCUUCCGUAUGAUUCCAGGUGCUGCUCCUCUCAAGAAGGGUGAUGUGCUUGACACCACUGCCCAAGUGAAUGCUGUCAUCAACCAGGCUUCCGGCAAGAUGGUCGAGGUCUGCGGCACUAUUACACGUGAUGGCAAACCAGUCAUGGAAGUUACCAGCCAGUUCCUGUACCGCGGCAGCUACACAGACUAUCACAACACGUUCCAGCGCAAGGUGGAGACACCAAUGCAAGUGCACCUUGGAUCUUCCAAGGAUGUCGCAGUCCUGCAAUCCAAGGAAUGGUUCAAGAUCGAGAACGAAGAUGUCGAUCUCCUCAACCAGACGCUAGUGUUCAGGCUGAACAGCAUCUUGCGCUACAAGAAUCAGACUGUGUUCUCGUCUGUUCAGACAGAGGGUACAGUCGAGCUCGAACUGCCCUCGAAGGAAAUUAUCACUGUCGCCUCGGUCGAAUACGAGGCCGGCACUUCGUAUGGCAAUCCAGUUUUGGAUUACUUGACGCGAAAUGGCUCAGCUCUGGAUCAGCCAGUCAAUUUUGAGAAUCCUAUUCCUCUAAGCGGCAAGUCUCCUCUGGUGCUCAAGGCGCCCUCCUCUAACGAGACUUAUGCGCGCGUGUCUGGUGACUACAAUCCGAUCCACGUGUCGCGUGUGUUCUCGCAGUAUGCUGGUCUUCCGGGCACCAUCACCCAUGGCAUGUACUCGAGCGCUGCCGUUCGCUCCCUCGUGGAGACGUGGGCAGCCGAGAACAAUGUCGGUCGUGUGCGCAGCUUUCACGCGUCUCUGGUUGGCAUGGUCUUACCUGACGAUACCAUUGAAGUGAAGCUUCAGCAUGUCGGUAUGGUCGCUGGUCGCAAGAUCAUCAAGAUUGAGGCGCAGAAAGCCGAGACAGAGGACAAAGUUCUUCUUGCUGAAGCAGAAGUUGAACAGCCUGUAUCGGCAUAUGUCUUUACUGGUCAGGGAUCCCAAGAGCAGGGCAUGGGUAUGGAUCUUUACGGAUCUAGCGAGGUGGCAAAGGAAGUCUGGGAUCGUGCAGACAAGCACUUCAUGGACAAUUACGGCUUCGCCAUCACCAACAUCGUCAAGAACAACCCCAAGGAGCUUACCAUCCACUUCGGAGGUGCCCGUGGCAAAGCAAUCCGCAAGAAUUAUAUCGACAUGACGUUCGAAACUGUUGGUGCAGAUGGUGCAAUCAAGUCCGAGAAGAUCUUCAAAGAGAUUGACGAGUCCACAACUUCGUACACCUAUCGAUCACCCACCGGUCUGCUUUCGGCCACACAAUUCACGCAGCCUGCCUUGACGCUCAUGGAGAAGGCCUCUUUUGAAGACAUGUUGUCGAAGGGACUUGUCCAGCGUGACAGCAGCUUCGCUGGCCACUCUCUUGGAGAGUACAGCGCCCUCGCUGCGCUGGCUGAGGUCAUGCCAAUCGAGUCAUUGGUGUCUGUUGUGUUCUACCGUGGUCUUACCAUGCAGGUCGCCGUCGAGCGAGACGAGGCUGGCCGAUCGAAUUACUCUAUGUGCGCCGUCAACCCUUCGCGUAUCAGCAAGACCUUCAACGAACAGGCGCUGCAGUACGUGGUGGAGAACAUCUCUCUCACCACUGACUGGCUUCUUGAGAUUGUCAACCUGAACGUGCAGAACCAGCAAUACGUCUGCGCCGGUGAUCUCCGCGCUCUGGACACCCUCACUGGCGUUCUGAACUACCUCAAGGCACAGAAGAUUGACAUACAAGAGCUCAUGCAAUCUUUGAGCCUUGAAGAGGUCAAGGCACAUCUCGUGGAGAUCAUUCAAGGGUGCGCUAAGCAGACCGAGGCCAAGCCCAAACCUCUUGAUCUACAAAGAGGUUUCGCUACGAUCCCAUUGAAGGGGAUCGAUGUGCCCUUCCACUCCACCUUCUUGCGCUCGGGUGUGAAGCCUUUCCGCUCAUUCUUGCUCAAGAAGAUCCACAAGACUUCUAUCGACCCAAGCAAGCUCGUCGGCAAAUACAUUCCCAACGUCACCGCAAAGCCAUUCGCUCUCACGAAGGAAUACUUCCAGGAUGUAUACGACCUCACCAAGUCUCCACGCAUCGGCAACAUCCUGGACAACUGGGAGAAGUAUGAAAGUGACGAGCCCCAUCUGCAGCGACCCAGAGCUGGUUCAGUGGCAGUGCCCAGUGAGGUCUAGGAGGCCGAUUUGGCGGCUGAUCGGGCGAACCCAGCAGUAGUUGUCAGCGCUGUUCUCACGAAGAUCGUCAAUGACCAGGUCUCGAGGGCGGCAUCGGAGAAAUCAGAGUAGGCGUUGUGGUGUCGCGAAUUUCUGCCUUUGAAGGUGCUCCUGUGUCCCUGGCAGCCUUCGGGUCUGGGUGUAUAAGAAAGAUUCUACAUAGAGAGUUGUGUGAAUAGUUUGAAUAGAUGUAUUAGUUCUACUUAUGUUAGCUUCACUCUGCCAGCAUCGACCUGGCUGACUAUAUGUAUCGCAGGCUUUCC